UCGCUACAUUCGUUCACGGUGAUGGACCAUCCAAAAGGCCUGCUUCCCGAAAUGUGCAUAACACCGUAUGUGAACGGGCGGGCAGAGGUGAGUGUCCAAGCAACGAUGAAUGGAAAAUCUUGUUGAUAUUAAUCUCUCACCGCCGAGGGACCGCAGCUAUGCAACCGUACGAUUAG